CUUAUAAGUUUACUUAAAUGUAAACUGAGUAAAAAAAAAGCUGAACAGUACGAGUGAAUAUGAAAUAUCUUUAAAUUUAAACUACCAGUUAUCACCAACUUUCAAAGAUAUUUGGUCUUGCAUUGUUUUAAAAAGAAUAGUGGCAGGUGAAAAGUGUGAAAAUAUUGUGAAUUUAAGCAAACAAAUUCCAGUCAACAUUUCGUAACUUUUAAUUUCUUCAUUAAACAUGAACAUUAAUGUUCGAUGUUAUCAGCGAUCUUAUUUGUAACAAAAAACACAGACUUAAAUUGUUUAUGUAGUGUGUCACAAAAGAUCUAAUCCAUUUUAUGAACAAGUAGAUCACAAUUUCAUUCAGUUAGAGUUUUUAACCGUGUAAUGAAUAAUACACCUGGUGAAUGGAAUAGCAUUGGCCUUGAUCAUCAUCUCUCAUUUUAGCAUUUUAUAACCCCAAAUCUGAUAUACGGUACAAUAAACAUUUUUAGAAAAAUGAGCACGGCGAAUGUUCUUAUUUACCUUAAUGAUGAAGAAUGAUGAAAUGAUCAUCAAACAUACGUUUUUAUUUUUGUAAGAACUUCUGAGACACAAUACGUUGAAAUUGUUAUAUCAAAAUAUAAAAAAAAUUGCAUGAGUAAAAGUGAUGACUGCACGUGCUGCAUUAAAUCUUAACACCUCGUAGUGAAAUAAAAAAAAUCACUUCGUAUACUUUUUUACAAAUUCUAUGAGUUAUUCUGUUGUGUUACUACAUCCUUUUUAUCAAUAAAGAAAGAAGAGGAUUAAAUGUGGAAUAUUGGCUUCUGAUGGUUUAAUUUUUCUAAGUGAAUCGCAGGAAUGGAGCAAAAAAGAAUAACGCCGGAGAUGGAACGGCAACAACAACAAGAGAGGAAACGACAAGAGAUUGAAUGUGAUGCCGAAUUAGCUGUUACUAAACACUUUGAGGAAUCUUUACGCCGUGCCAAAGAAAAGAUUCAAAACUUGCAAUCACAAUCACAGGCAAACGCACAUCAACUGUUACACUUCAAAAACAUUACCACAGUCUCACCACUUAGUACAGCCAAAAAAGAACAAACAUAUUCACACGACCAAUAUUCGCAUCCACUACAAGUGACGCAAUCUCAAACACCUUUCUUUUCAUCGAUUUCACAAGCAAAACCAAAGGUUUCAUCACCAGCACCAACUAAAAUAUAUGGACGACCAGAAAGAUUAUCUACUGAUCAAAUUAAAGCUAAACCCGAUUCAGGAAUGCGUAUUUUGAACAGUUUUCAAUCAGAGCCACCACCUGCACAUUCUUAUAUUCGGAAGUCUUAUACAUCAUCACCGAUAAUUACGGCAGCACAAAUAUCACACUCACCAGGAAUUCAAAUUCAAUCUUCAACACCUAAUUCCAAUGUUUUAGGUUUAUCAACUAUCAUGUCAUCAAUUCAGUCAGUACCACUUGAUCUAGGCACUUCUUAUCGCCACCGUAAUGUAGCACAUGAUGAUCAACUUUUAGUAGAUCUAGUAAACUCCAAUGAUCUUAAUUCAGAUACCUUUGACGAAAAUAAAAAUAGCAAAAUAUCAAACGGAACCAUGCGAUCAAAUACAAUGGAAAAAUUAUCACACCAAACCUUUAUAUUUUCCAAAGGGAGAUAUGAUAUUGAGGACCAUAGUGAUGAUGAUGAUACAUUGAGCAGUAACAAUAAGACUAUGGUCGUCACUAAAGUGUUGUCGAGUAAUAAUAAUGGAAUCAAGAUUGAAACGAGUGAAAUUGUGGAAAAAAAGCCAUUGGUAGAUUGUUUCUUGCAGUUUUCAAGUACAAAUUCAAGUCCGAAUUCAGCACAAAGUGAGCCAACAACACCGAUCAAAUUUUCCACGAAGUUUGAGAAAGUCCCCAGUUCAGUUGCUCCUAGACAUUUAAAAAAAGCGUGGCUUCAACGACACCACCAUACCAUCUGCGAUGAUUUUGAAGAUGUACAAACUCAUCAAAAUCCAAUUUUCAUUUCGAAAGAAAUAUUAUUCAGAACCACUACUAAAAGAGAUACUAUUCCCAAUAAUGAUGAUGUCAAUCGGACGUCUAACCAUUCCUCAAAUUUAGAAUCCACAAUAUUUUCAAAUAACACAAGCAAAGGAAAAGAACUGACGUUUGCAAUGCAUGACGAUGGUUGCGACAGCUCCUGUUCAGAUCAGUCGUCGCCACAAAAACGGAAAAUUCUAAAAGGCAAUCGAGAAAGAAUAAAACUUUGGAAAUCAAUUGAAAGCAGAAACAAUAGUCAGAGCCAAGAAGGAAUCGAUAUAAACGUGGCCAGUGGAAGUUACAGUGAAAGUGGUGAUAGUGACAAAGAAAGAAUGUCAGACGAAGUUAGUGAUAGCACCAAAACCUCUCAAAGUAAACAGUUUUUGAAUAUUACUGGUGAGAAUAGUAUAGGAGAUAAAGGAAUUGUUAAAAAACGAGUUCGUCGUCCCAAAGAGGCAAUCGAAAACAUAAAUGCAAAAAAGAAAAAAACAAUAAGCAGUAAAGAACUAUUCAAAAGACCACCAUUGUCACAACUGAAAAGAACCGGCGAAGCAUUUUUACAAGAUGGAACUUGCUGUGAAGUAGCCCCGAAAUUGCCGAAAUGUCGUGAAUGUCGCUGGACUUCAAAUCAAAGAUCGAAAAAUACUUCAAACAUAUUUUGUCGAUUUUAUGCCUUCAGAAAACUUCGAUAUACUAAAUCAGGUCUGUUGGCUAUUGCUGGAUUUUGUGAUCCACAUAAAGAUCCAACCGAAGAUGAUCUCAAACUUUGGAUGCCAGAUUCAGAAAAUCCACCAAAGGAUUUGGACUUGAUACAAGCUCGAUUCUUACUAGCAAAGGUCGCCGAUCAAUUUUGUGAUCUGUAUCAUCAGGAGAAGAUGGCAAUGCCAGAAAACAUGUCAAACAGUAAUGUAAUCGCUUGGAAGCGUGUCGUUCAAGGAGUGCGUGAAAUGUGCGAUGUCUGUGAAACAAGUUUAUUUAACUAUCACUGGGCAUGUAGCAAAUGUGGUUUUGUUGUAUGUAUUGACUGUUAUAAAGCUCGAAAAUAUGGCGAAAAGAAAGUCUGGAAUAAUGAAUGGAAUAAUGGCUGUGACAGAGAUGAAUUCCAGUGGCUUGUUUGUACAAAUCGUGCAAUUCAUGACCAAGAACGUUUGAUGUUGACACAGAUAGUUGCUGGGGACUCGUUAAAAAUACUAGGCCGACGCAUUCACCACGUUCGGACAUUAUGGAAGAUUCCACAAAAUUGCUGCUGCUUGAUGAGUCACGAAGAGCUUCCAAAUGAAAAUAAUAUUAAAUAUAAAGAUUUGAUUCAGUCAAUUUUGAACGAUAGUAAAUUACACCAAUCAAAUAGAAUGGAUUUCUGUUCAUCAUCGGAUUCUGAAACAAAUAUCAAACAUGAAGUUGCUAUGGUAAAACAAAAUAUAUUUGAAAAAGAUAGUGCCAUAGAGGAAAAUAAAAGUGACGAGAACUGUUCAAAACUUAAACAAUAUGAAGAAUCAAGCGAACAGAAUGAUCAAAAACUUGAAGACGAUUCGAGUGAGGAUGGCUCAUUAGACGAAAACCACUCAUCCCUAAGAAAUCUUCUUGUCGGUCCAAAUACAACAGUACCAAUGUCUGCAGUAAACCAAGAUAAACCUCCCGACAAAAAUAAUACAUACAGUAAAGAUAAAAAUCUAUUGACGUCAAAAAAGUCUCAUAAGCAGCUAUUUGAUGAAAUGAUGGCUGAUACAUUGGAAUCAACUAAAAAGAAGGAAGACAAAGAAGAUUUAAUAAGUAAUCAACCUCGCCGAAAUCGUUACUUACCUAUUCGUGUUAUGACAAUGACAUUAUCGCAGGAGUUGUAUCCAAAUGUUGAACACAUGUGGUUGUGUGAGGGUAAAUUAUUAAGAUUACUUGAUCCCACCGAUGUGAAUAACUUAAAAAUAUUUCAAGAGCAAUGGAAACGUGGUCAACCAGUUUUAGUUUCCCAUGUCAAUAAGUGCUUGAACAUGGAUUUAUGGCGACCAGAAUCAUUUUCGCGAGAUUUUGGUGAGGACGCAAAUGAUUUAAUAAAUUGUUUGACAGGAACUUUAGUACCAAAUCAGCCUAUGAAACGGUUUUGGGAAGGUUUUGAUUGCAUUAAUAAACGUAUUAAAGAUGAAAAUGGUGAAUUCAUGUUGUUGAAACUAAAAGAUUGGCCGCCGGGUGAAGAUUUUUCAGAGACUCUACCAACACGGUUUACUGAUUUAAUGAAAUCUUUGCCACUUUGUGAUUAUACAAAGAGAAAUGGAAAAUUCAAUCUUGCGAGUCGAUUACCUGAAUGUUUUGUAAAACCUGAUCUUGGACCAAAAAUGUACAAUGCAUAUGGAUCUGUUGCGCAUCCAACAAAGGGAACAACAAACUUGCAUUUGGAUAUUUCCGAUGCUGUUAAUGUUAUGGUUUAUGUUGGUAUACCAAAAGACACCGCUGAUAAUGAUGAAAUGAUCAAAAAAGCAUAUCGUGCUAUUGAUGAAGCCGGAUGCGAUAUUUUACAAAGAAGAAGAGUCAGAGAAAAGAACGAACUUCCUGGAGCAUUAUGGCACAUUUUCGCACCACGAGAUGCAAACAAAAUUCGAGAUUUGCUAAAUAAAGUAGCCAUUGAACGUGGGGAACGAUUAGAACCAAGUCAUGAUGCUAUUCAUGAUCAAAGCUGGUAUUUGGAUAGUAAAUUACGUGAACGAUUAUACAAAGAAUACGGUGUUGAGGGAUAUCCGAUUGCACAAUGUUUAGGUGAUUCUGUCUUUAUACCUGCUGGUGCACCGCAUCAAGUACGUAAUUUAUUGAAUUGCAUCAAAGUGGCCGAAGACUUUGUGAGUCCGGAGAAUGUGUCUGAAUGCUUCCAUUUAACACAGGAGUUUCGAACACUUUCCGACACUCAUUCAAAUCACGAAGAUAAACUACAAAUCAAAAAUAUAAUUUAUCAUGCUGUUAAAGAUGCAUUGAGUGUUUUGAGUCAUAUCCUACUUGGGAAACAGAUUACAAUUGACCAAAACAACAAAGAUAACCGAGAAACUGAUUAGAUUAUAUACUUACAUUUUCUACGAAAUUUGUCGUAUAAAUCGUAGUUAAGCAUAAUAAACAUAUUGUGAUAUUUUUAAUAAAAAAUAUAAAAUUUUAAA